UAUCACACAGAAGAGAUUCCCGUGUUUAGCGACUGUCGGCUGCGAUUGCCUGAUUGAACUUCACUGUAAGCAUCAUGUGAUGCGCAUACCCUAGUUGCUGUGUGAGUGGAAACUUUCGAGUCAGAAACGAGAGCGUGGUUUCUCAAUCGGCCUAGGUUUUCCUACCCUGUCUUGCCAUACUAAUCUCAUAAGAAGUCGUUCAGCAUUUACGAAUGUAUAUAUAAACACAGAGAGAGAGAGAGAGAGAGAGAGAGAGAGAGAGAGAGAGAGGAAAUCAAACCACCAUGACUGACCAUGCGCUGGACCAAGAGAUGGAAAUUGAGGCAUUGGAAGCCAUACUUAUGGAUGAUUUCAAAGAAAUUCACUCAAGCGAAAGUGGGCUAAACACUUCUAAUCGAUGCUUCCAAAUUACAUUAUCUCCUCAGGAUGACGAUGCAGAUGAGUCAACAGCCCCUGCAGUUUGCUUGGCUUUAAUUUUCUCACAUACGGAAAAAUAUCCAGAUGAACCACCACUUCUGAAUGUGAAAAGUUUAAAGGGAAUGCAUACUUCGGAUCUCAAGAUUCUAAAAGAAAAGCUUGAUCAAGAGGCAUCCGAAAACCUUGGUAUGGCAAUGGUCUAUACACUAGUUACAUCUGCUAAGGAGUGGUUGUGUGAAAGAUUUGCAGAAGAUGUUGACGAAGGGAACACGGAAGAGGAAGAGAAGAAAGAUGAGAUAAUUAUUCCCCAUGGAGAACCGGUUACUGUUGAUACAUUCAUUGCUUGGAGAGAGAGGUUUGAAGCAGAGUUAGCGCUAGAAAGAGCCAAGUUAAUGCCCGAGUCUGCACUUUCUGCACCCAAGGAAAAGAAGCUCACAGGCAGACAAUGGUUCGAAAGUGGAAGAGCUUCUGCGAAAGGCGCAGGACCAAUUGCUGAAGGAUCUGAUGUGGAAGAUGAGGAAGACAUUGACUUUGAUGAUGAGGACUUUGAAGAUGAUGAAGAUGAUAUGCUUGAGCAUUAUCUGGCUGAGAAAUCAGACACAUCGUCUCACUCGUCAAGGAGAGCCAAUUAGGAGGAGGAGAAGAUGUGCCUGAGCACUGUACUCACCUCACUUGUCAAGGGUGCAUAUUGGAAGGAAAACAAUCUUGUAGUUUGAAUCAUUGUAUUUUUGUUAUGAGGGAUGGCUGGGAUGAUGAAUUUGUAGACAUUUUAGCCUUAUUUUCUCAUGUAUUCAUUUUUGGCCACUUCACGUUCUGAGAGAGGAUAUAUACAGUAUAUUAGGUUGCUCACCGAUAAUUUUUGUAUCAAGAAGUGACGAUGUCUUCUGAAGUUGGGCUGUAGUUUGUCAUUUUGAGUGUAAUGAGAAGAAUUAAGCAUUUGACGAUA